ACACGCCCUCUCACACUGAAUAAUGGCCGCCAUUGUCGCGUCGAUCUCCUUAGUCGCAUCCUCUUCUUGUUCUUCCUCUUGCUCCUCUUUGUUUUUCUCUAAAUUACGGUCUGCGCCUGUACUCCGACGUUCUUUAGCGGUUGUGUCGCCUUGGUCUAGUAGAGGUAGCAGGCUCAUGGCUCACACGGUAGCUAAGGCCACUCUCGGCCUCACUCAACCCGCUAGUAUCGAAUUCCCAAAGGUCUCUUUCGGUGCUAAAGACAUUGAUGCGUUGGAAUGGAAAGGAGACGUACUUGCUGUGGGGGUAACAGAGAAAGACAUGGCCAAGGAUGAGAACUGCAAGUUUGCAAACCCAAUUUUGAAGAAGCUAGAUGCCCAGUUGGAUGGUCUCUUAGCUGAAGCUACAUCUGAGGAGGACUUCCAGGGAAAGUCUGGUCAGUCAACAGUUCUUAGGCUUCCCGGCCUUGGCUCUAAAAGGGUUGGCUUGAUUGGGCUUGGACAAUCGGCCUCAACAACUGCUGCUUCUCAUGGUCUUGGUGAGGCUGUUGCUGCAGCUGCCAAGGCUGCUCAAGCUAGCAAUGUUGCUGUUGUGCUUGCCUGUAAUGAGGGUCUCUCAAAUGAAUCAAAGCUUAAUACCGCUUCGGCAAUAGCAUCUGGUACUGUGCUGGGGGUGUAUGAAGAUAACAGGUAUAAGUCAGAGUCAAAGAAAUCAGUUCUUAAAUCCGUGGAUGUUCUUGGUUUUGGAGCUGGACCUGAAAUAGAGAAGAAGCUUAAAUAUGCCGAGGAUGUGUCUUCUGCCAUAAUUUUUGGAAGAGAGCUUGUAAAUUCACCAGCAAACGUACUCACACCUGGGGUACUAGCAGAAGAAGCUUCAAAGGUCGCAGCCAUGUACAGUGAUGUUUUGUCUGCUAACAUUCUAAAUGUAGAGCAGUGCAAAGAAUUGAAGAUGGGGUCUUAUCUUGGUGUUGCUGCAGCCUCCGCAAACCCCCCUCAUUUCAUCCAUUUAUGUUACAAGCCUCAAAGUGGACCUGUUAAAGUCAAGUUGGGAUUAGUUGGAAAAGGUUUGACUUUUGACAGUGGUGGUUACAACAUCAAGACUGGACCUGGGUGCUCAAUUGAGCUAAUGAAAUUUGAUAUGGGAGGAUCUGCUGCAGUUUUAGGAGCUGCUAAAGCCAUUGGUCAAAUUAAACCUCCUGGAGUAGAGGUUCAUUUCAUUGUUGCAGCUUGCGAGAAUAUGAUUAGUGGAACGGGUAUGAGACCAGGAGAUAUUGUCACAGCUUCAAAUGGAAAGACAAUUGAGGUUAACAAUACCGAUGCUGAAGGCAGACUAACACUUGCAGAUGCUCUAGUAUAUGCUUGUAACCAGGGCGUUGAGAAGAUUGUUGACCUGGCAACAUUAACUGGUGCCUGUGUGAUUGCACUUGGACCCUCAAUUGCAGGUGUCUUUACACCUAAUGAUGAACUCGCAAAGGAGGUACUUGCGGCUUCAGAGGUCAGUGGUGAGAAGUUUUGGAGGUUGCCUUUAGAGGAAAGUUAUUGGGAAUCAAUGAAAUCAGGAGUAGCUGAUAUGGUCAACACUGGUGGUCGUCAAGGGGGUGCUAUAACUGCAGCUUUGUUCCUGAAACAGUUUGUUGAUGAGAAAGUUCAAUGGAUGCACAUUGACUUGGCUGGUCCUGUGUGGAAUGACAAGAAGCGCGCUGCAACGGGUUUUGGCAUUUCAACUCUGGUGGAAUGGGUUCUGAAAAACUCCUCGGCCUAACUGGAGGUUGGAAGUAUUGAGUCAGGAGCUUCCUUAUUCAAAUAUGAACGAAGAGAUGGAUCUUGGAGGGACUACCUGGUUUAAAUUUACGAAUAAAAUUUUAUUGAAAAUGAGUAGUAAGUUGUAGGAGAGAGGAGUGCCUGUUUUCCAGUUUAUGACCAACAUUUGUUGGGAAGUUGAUGGAGAGGUAAGAUGAGGCAUGGCCUGAUUUUAUCUACUUUCUUUAGUGGUGUUGAUAUGUGCAAACAGCCUGGUGUGUUCGGUAUUUCUGUAUUUGAUUGGCAAGGAAUAUUUUCCAUUUCUAAUUAUUACAUUUUACCAUAAUGUCAAAUUAGUAUA